CAUGGGACGUUAAAUCCAUAAUCACAGGUUCUCAGACAUUUUCAUACUAGCUCUGAACUUCCUCUUCCAUCGGCACUUUUGUGAAACAUCGGGUAAGGCUUGUCAAUUGAAUUUACCUGUACGCUGGCAGGUGACUCAAACGCGCACCUGUCACCAUGUCGAAAGCAGAUAAAGAAAUCACCUACAAUGAGCUCAAGGGUCUCCUGGGGACGAGUUCCAACCUGCUGUUGAUUGACGUGCGCACCAAAGAGGAGGUGCAGCGGGGGAAGAUCCCGGGUUCCAUCAACAUCCCACUGGACACGGUGGAGUCUGACCUGGUCCUGGACCCUGCUGCUUUCCAAGCCAAAUUUGGGGUCCCGAAACCCCCUCUGGACUCCCCAGAGCUGGUGUUCCAUUGUCAAACAGGCCGUCGUGCAGGAAUGGCCAUGGAGAAGGCCCGGUCCCUGGGGUUUCAGAGGGUGCGUAACUAUGUUGGGGGGUACAAAGAAUGGUCUGAGAAGGAGGGGAAGUAGAUGGAGCUGAUAAGACCAGCAUUCCGCACACUGUACUGCACAGUAAUGAGAACUGCAAAGCACUGGAUGUAUUUAUUUCAUCCUUGAAGAAGGCUAGAAGCUGUAGUAAUUCCUGCCAUUUUUGAUGUAAAUAUGUGGGACUCACAAAGACAUUGAGAAUAAAAGCUUUAAGUGGUGUUUGUA